AGUCAACGCGGAGACUUGAUACUUCUAGACAUACUGGAGUUAGGUCUUAUCGUACCAUCCGCCGCUCUAGCUGCCAAUACCUCCUCUUUUGUCAAGAAGCACUGCAACGUAAUGAUCUACAAUCAUGAGCUCCUAGCCCAAGACAAACGCUUUGAAGUCGAUGGUAUAAAUAUCGCCAAAGGAUUCCUAAAGGAUCAUACCGGAUCGGAGUAUUAUGAUAAUGAGACUACAGAAGUAUGGGACCUAGUAAGAAUCCAGCGAGCUUGGGAUGCAAUUGCAUUCCACACGACACCGUCUAUUACACAGCACGCCGCAGCUGAAGUAGCUCUUAUAAACUUAGGCGUUACAGCCGAUUUCUUGGGUCCUAAUCUUGACCUUGGCCUCGGACCAAACCUGAUUUCAAGAGAAGAAUAUCGGGCGGUGACAAAACUAUUUCCGCGCAAUGGAUUUACAUAUGAAGGCCUGAAGCAGGUAAUAUGUGGAAUAUAUAGGACCAAGCCAAAUACUACCUACGAUAAUUUUGUGGGCGAGUUUGGAGUUCGGUUUGGCAUUAAUAGCGAAGGAUCUGGUAAAGAUAAAUUUGCUGAGGAGGUGGAGAAGGCGCAUUUUGUAAACUUUUCCAAGUUUGCAUUAGAUGCUCUUAAAGUUCUUAACAAGGAAAUUUUAGGAGAUAAUAAAUAGUCACCUGGAAAGUGCACAUUUACAAUGAGCAGCUCCC